AUGGAGGAAGAUGAGCUUACUCGGCUUCGCCGCCUUUAUGAGGAAGAGAAGCGGCUCCGCGAGGAGGAACAACGCCGUCGAGAAGCAGCCGAGAGCAAUGCAUUGGAAGCACAGCUCCGUCGAGAAGCAGCCGAGGAGCUUGCACGGGGGGCCCAGCCGCAAACUGUUGAGCAAUACCUCGAAGCCUGCCAUUCACUCCAGCUCUCGAUCCAGAUAGUUACCAACCCCGCCCUGACCACACAAGGGGAGCCUACCAACCCGAGCAAUAGGCUCUUCCCUCGACGGAUCAUUCCAUGGGGUGAGGAUUUUGCAAUGCAACAGGAGGCAAUCUGGAACCAGCUAAAAGGCAGCAGCUUGUUCUCUUCGCAGCCUCUUUUUCCAUCUCAACAUAGCUUGCAGUUUGUAAAGUCUUAUCUGAGGCCGCUCAGCAGUGAGAACUGCCUCCGUUAUUUUGAACGUGACGUCGUUGAGAACCCGGUACAAACUCUGAUGGAUGAGGUAUACAAAGAUUCCACGCUUCGGGAUGCCCUGGGCCUCCGAGGAACAGUGACAUUUGAGAGCCAUACUAACCUCGAGCCGUCACCUGUUCCCCCCGGGGCCACCAAACCCCGGCGCAAGGCAAGGGGAAAAGGCAAUCAAGCUGACCAGUACUGCGUCUAUAGAGACUCUGGUGGAGGUCAUAUCCCGGUAUUUGCGAUCGAGUACAAAGCACCGCACAAGCUGCGUCUCGAUGAGCUUGUCACAGGGCUCGAGUCCGAAAUCCAACCAGAGCGCGAUGUGAUCAACAAGAAUGGCGGAAACUUUGCAUUUGCAGCCAAGUGCCUCGCUGCUGCGAUUGUUACUCAGCUCUUCUCUUACAUGAUUGGCAAGGGUAUCCAGUACGGUUAUGUGUGCACAGGAGAAGCUUUUGUCUUCCUGCAUAUUCCCAAUGAUGACCCGACAAUCGUUUAUUUUUCACUGUGUGUCCCGAGCCUAGAUGUCAUGGACGAUGACCAAACAAGGCUCCAUCGCACGGCUGCCGCACAGGCUUUUGCCUUUGCUAUCCAAGCCCUCAGUGUCGACCCGCCCCCAGCUUCAUGGCACGAUCGGACGACUACCCUGGAUGUUUGGCCAGUGGAGUAUGACGACGUGCUAAGAGACAUUCCCGAGACGGUGCGGAAAGAACCCCGCGCUACUCCAUAUAAACCACAACGUUGGAAAGGCUUUAAACGCUCUCCGAUUCAGACCCGGAGUCGGUGCAAGCCUUUGGACAGUGACAUGGUGGCCGAUGAUGACAGCAGCAGCAGCGAAGAAGGCCCGCCCUCUCCCAGCCCAAAGCACUCCUACCGUUCUGGUAGACGCCAGGCCUUGAUGUCCCCAGGGACAAGAUCUGACAAAAAGCCCAACAGUUCUCGAAGAGGUCAGCAACCAGUGCAACAGCGAGUGAUAAACAAUCGACCAUUUUGCACCCAGAAGUGCUUACUGGGGCUAGCAAAUGGUGGUCCAGUGGAUGAAACAUGUCCUAACUUCGAGCAUCAUGGGCCAGAGCACAUCAGCCAGCAGGAAUUUCAGCAACUUAUCCGCGAACAACUUGCCAAAGACCGGGGCCCCGAUGCGGACUGCGUCCCGCUCUACAUAUCUGGGGCGCUCGGGUCUCUUUUUAAGGUGUGCCUGUCAUCUCACAGCUAUACCAUGGUAGCCAAAGGCAUGGAGAGCUUUGAUCUUGACAGACUCCAGCAUGAGAACAAGAUCUACAAUCGCCUCCGAUCUAUCCAGGGCAAGUACGUCCCUGUAUGCCUCGGAAUGGUAGAUCUAAUUCUACCAUACUACUAUGACUGUGGUGUCUUUAGUCACUUUUUAUUUCUCAGCUGGGGUGGUCAGCCAUUAGCUCAUUGCAUGAACCUGCUGAACAAGCAAAAUGUCACUGACACUGUGACCGCAGCUUACAAAGAGAUGCACAAGCUUGGUGUUCUUCACUGUGACGCGGCACCACGCAAUGUACUCCACGACAAACAUACUGGAACUGUCAUGAUUGUGGAUUUUGAACGCUCCGAACUCGAUUCUCGGGAGGCCUUAGGGCCGAUAAGCCCGAACGCUGGUAACCGAAAGAGGAAGCGUGUGAUAUCAAGGCAGGGAGAAGAUGCUUUUGCACGAGAGUUAAGUUCUAUUGUGACGGCUCUUUCGCGAAUGGAAAAGUAG